AUGGCAAAGUCUGCGGAUCAAAAGGGCCGUGAUGAUCUGCUCUUCCUUGUCGAUCUCGGUGACGUUGUAAACAAUUACCGGCGUUGGAGGAGACUGCUGCCAAGGGUGACGCCGUUCUACGCUGUCAAGUGCAAUGCUAUCCCAAUAUUGCUACGAGUUCUUUCCCAACUUGGAGCCGGCUUCGACUGUGCAAAGCAAGGAGUUGUGUAUGCCAAUCCAUGCAAGCAGAUCUCCCACCUUGAGUAUGCGGCAAAGAAUAAUAUAGAUUUGAUGACCUUUGACAACGAGGCUGAACUCUACAAGAUCAAGUCCACUUUCCACGUGGGUAGCGGAGUAGAGGACCCGGAAGUGUUCGUCGAGUCUCUACGGAGAACACAUCUUGUGUUUGAGAUUGCAGCGAAAAUGGAAUUCACUCUUAACACCCUGGACCUUGGCGGGGGCUUCUAUGGACACGAAGGAGCACCAAUAUGCUUUGAAAAGGUUGCCGCCGUGUUGAAUACAUCUCUGGAUGAGGUAUUUCCCUUGAGCUCCAAUGUCAAGGUCAUAGCAGAGCCGGGACGGUACUUUGCAACAUCACCCUUCACUUUAGUAACAAGUGUGAUUGCAAAGAGGAAGUGCACGACCCCCACAGAGAAAACAGAUCCACAUGAACUGACGACAUUGGACCCGGAGAGGCUCGGCAGCGAGAAACCAACUUACAUGUAUUAUAUGAACGAUGGUACAUAUGGAUCGUUCGGUAUCGUUCACUUUGAAGACACUCGCUUCAUACCACGAUUAGUCAAGGUGAACUCUUUAUGUACAGAACCAAUACAAUUAUAA